AUGGCAGCGGCGAUUGUGAGAUCUGGCCUCCGCUCCGCCGUACGCGGUGGCGCGUCUGCACCGCGCAUCUCCCCAGCUCCCAAGCGCUCCUUCUCCUCCUCUGCCUCGCCCCACGAUGAAGCCGCUGAGGCUUCCAAGUGGGAGAAGAUAACAUAUGCAGGAAUAGUAUCUUGCACUACUCUCGCUAUCUAUAACCUCUCCAAGGGCCAUCCUCACCAUGAUGAGCCUCCGGCAUACCCGUACCUUCAUAUCCGCAAUAAGGAGUUCCCAUGGGGUCCUGAUGGUCUGUUUGAGGUGAAACAUCACUGA